ACAGUAUGUCUGUAUGUACGCCCCUGCACAUGUAGGUACUUGCAAUACAAUACUUGUAUGUAGAUUAAAUAAAUCUUAGCAUUAGAUUAUUAUUAAAUAAAAAACUGAAAACCGUAUCGGACUAUAUUAUUUUGCUAGUCGGCCGACAAACUGAUCACACAGUUAUUAUCAAGCAGCGGACAAGCGCGGAUCAAGCCGAGUCAAUUGCGAGUUGAGCAACGACGAUAGAUAGCGAAGGAAAAAAACAACAAAACCAAAACGCACAAAUCCUCGCCUAAAGCUGGCCAAGCAAAGCAACAUUCGAAAAUACCUUGAUUUUCAAAUUGCUUACGUACAAAAGCGUUGUUGGGCUUGAGAAAUACAAAAAAAAAAAAAAAAUUUAAAAACAACUACUGCAAAAUUUGAAAAAAAAAUUGAAACUUAAUUUGUGUAAAUUUUUCGGCGAAGUUUGCCGUAGCAAUGCUGCCGGGAAAGAUUCGCCGCUACAUUUUCAAUAUUGUUGGCAGUUGCCUAAUUUUACUGGGUCUUCUACAUGGAUUAUUUAGUGAGGCAAUUUUCAACCAAGUAAUGGAACAGGAGAUGAUUCUACGCCCUAAUUCGAAAAUUUUCGACCUUUGGAGAACGCCGCCAUUGAAGUUGACAUUAAACUUUUACAUAUUUAAUUGGACCAAUCCGGAAGAUUUUCAAAAUCUCGACAUAAAACCUAAAUUCGAAGAAUUGGGUCCAUAUCGGUUUACGGAAGUGCCAAAUAAGGUUGAUAUUAAAUGGCAUACCGAUAAUGCUUCAAUGACCUAUAAGAAGCAAAGCAAAUACUAUUUUGAUGCCGAGGGUAGCAAAGGCCGAUUGGACGAUGAAAUUGUUACCGUUAAUUCGCUAGCAGUGUCUCUGUCCUCUAAAGCCAAGCGCUGGAGCUCUUUGCGUCGCCGUGUAAUCGAUAUUGCUUUGAAGGUUUACCACGAUGACAUAACAAUCAAGAAAUCAGUGGAUGAGUUGCUCUUUGGUGGCUAUGAGGAUGUACUUUUGAAUGUGGCCAACUAUCUGCCUUCAUCGUUGAUAGAUGUGAAGGUGCCAUUCGAUAAAUUUGGCUAUUGUUAUCCGCGCAAUCUAAGUGCUGAUGUUACUGGCACUUACAACAUUUACACCGGCGCUGAUGAUAUACGAAAAUUUGGACAAAUCCAUACGUGGAACUAUCGUGAAACGACACGGGAGUAUGCGCCUGAAUGUGGUAAAGUCUAUGGCUCGCCAGGCGAAUUUCAGUCACUCUACUUACAACCAGAAAAGCCAGUAAAUUUCUUUUUGUCGGAUGUCUGUCGAACGGUUGCAAUGGAUUAUGUGCAGCCCGAGGUGGUGGAGGGUGUGAAAGGAUUUCGCUAUGAGGGCGGCAAGCGGAUGGUAGACAAUGGCACCUUAUAUCCCGAAAAUGUUUGCCAUUGCAAUGGACAAUGCGUGCCAUCGGGUUUAAUGAACAUCUCAUCCUGCUGGUAUGGCUCGCCGAUAUUUCUUUCGUAUCCACACUUUCAUGAAGCGGAUCCUUAUUAUCUCGCCGAAGUGGAUGGUUUGAAACCUGAGAAAGAGAAGCAUGAACUCUAUUUGGUGUUGGAGCCGAGAACGGGGUUAAUGUUGGAGAUGACAGCGCGUCUGCAAUCCAAUAUUCUAGUCGAACCCAUAUCGGAUUUUAGCAUGUUCCGCAACAAACGUCGCGUCUUCUUUCCGCUCUUUUGGUUCGAAGCAAAGACACGCAUUUCAUCAGAGUUGGCUAAAGAUUUCCAAUUGUUGCCGCGACUCAUCCUCUUGAGUCAAGUCUUUGGUGGCAUUUGCGCAUUAGUGGGCGUGGCAUUGUUGGCUUGGUAUCCGAUUAAACGGCAUUUGCAGAAUCGCCUGAUACAACAAAUAAAAAUCAAUAAUUUAGAUAAUGGCACACCACAUCGGGUGGUGGGCAAAACCAUUUCGUUGCAGCCGGAAGUCUCACCACUGCUGGUGGCAGCAGUGCAAGAUACGUCCAAAAUUCUGGAGCGGGCCGAUACUACGCUGUCGGAAUUGAGUACGGGCGCGAGUACGAGCUCCACCGAUCGCAGUUCAAUGCAAUCGGCUACGAGUUCAACGUGAUUAGCUUUAAAUUUUAGAUAGUUCCUUAAUAGUUGUAAGCGAGUACAUAGAUAGUGUGGAAAGAGAUUAUUGUAGUUUUAGUUUUAGUAAUGGCCAAUUAUUAACUUAGAUUCUAAAUGUAAAAUGUAAAAAUUUAUUUACAUAGGUGUUUGGUUUUUUUUUUUUGGUACUUUAUUACAAGCAGAAAGCAAUUUUACACAUUCAUACUCUCAUUUUCGCACACAUUUUUAUUGCACACACAACGUUUUUACUCACAAAACAUUUGAAAAAAUAAUAAAUAUCAAAUACAUAUCUUUAUCAUUGCUAAUAAAUUUUAUUUUGGAAUAUUUUUAAAUGGAAAGCAAAGAAAUUAUUGAUUCCAUAAUUUUAUAUGGUCUUUUUAAGCAAACUACGUGAAGAAAUAUUGGCUCAUGAUUAGACGUGCAUAUAUUUGUAUGUACGUAGAAAAAAUUUUUAAUUUUGUUUUUUGUCUAGGUAUAGUUAUACAUAUAAUUGAAUGUAUAGAAUUCCCAAUAUGCAGUUUGUUAAAUUUUAUUGUUAUUUUUUAUACUACUCAAAAUGUAAAAUAUGUUUACAUUUUUCUAUUUUCAGAAUA